AUGGCGACAGUCACCCGUGAAGGCUCCGGCACUACGAGUGAUGACCCAUUGGAACACUACGAAGAGGUCAAGACUCUUGGCCGUGGUGCCUUCGGCGUUGCCACACUGGUGAAGUCCCGCGCUGAGGGAGAAGGCGGCGCCCUUCGCGUGAUCAAGCAGGUGGACCUUAGCAUCCUCACAGCUACAGCUCUGGAGGAGUCACACAAGGAGGUUGGCGUCCUCCAGCGGUUGACUCACCAGCACAUCAUUGCCUACUACGACACCUUCAUGCGAAGUUCGACCCUCUACAUCGUGAUGGAGUAUGCGGACGGAGGGGACCUCGCAAGCUUGAUCCGGCAGAAGAAGGACGACGAGGCGACGUUUUCAGAGGAUGAGGCCAUGACCAUCUUUGCACAAUGCCUCUCAGCGCUUCAGUUCAUCCACUCCAAGCGGAUCCUUCACCGUGACAUCAAGUCGCAGAACAUCUUCAUGAUGGCAGCCGGCGACGCGAAGAUAGGCGAUUUCGGCAUUUCGAAAGUCAUCGAGACCACGACAGCCGCCCAGGGCACGGUGGUCGGCACGCCGUCCUACUUUGCGCCGGAGAUCUGUGAGGACAAGCCCUACGGCCCCAAGAUCGACGUGUGGUCCAUGGGCGUGGUCCUCUACGAGAUGCUUGCGCUUGUGCAGCCGUUCACCGCCUCCAACGUCGCGGCGCUGAUCAUGAAGAUCGUGAACGCCGAGCCGGCCCCUCUUCCAGACUCUUGCCGCGAGGAAGUGCGCGAUGUCGUCCGCCGCGCGCUGAACAAGAAUCCUGAGGAGCGCGCCACCGCAGAAGAGCUGAUGCAGCUCCCGCCGGUGAGAUCCGCCGUGGCACCCAGCAUGGAGCUGAACACCUCGCUGAGCAUGGCAGAUUUCGAGAAAGAGAAGGACUUGGGCCGCGGUGCCUACGGCAUUGCCGUGCUGGUGAAGCACCGCGAAACCUCAGCGCUCCGUGUUGUGAAGACCGUGGACCUCGGUGGCAUGUCUGCCCUGGCCCGGAAGAGUGCAGAGGACGAGGUUAGCCUGCUGCACCGCCUCUUCCAUCCGCACAUCAUCGCCUACUACGACACGUUCAUCGAGGCAGACAGGCUGCAUAUCGUGCUCGAGUACGCAGAUGGUGGUGAUCUCUACACGGAGGUUCAGAGGCGGCAGAAGGGCGACGAGUUCUUCAGCGACGACGAGGCGAUGACAUUGUUUCGACAGUGCCUCAGCGCCCUGGCAUACAUCCACAAGAAGAAGAUCCUUCAUCGCGACAUUAAGACGCAGAACAUCUUCCUGAUGAAAUCUGGCGAUGCCAAGCUGGGCGAUUUCGGCAUCUCAAAGGUGAUGGAUGAGACUUUGGUCGCGGGCACCGUAGUUGGGACGCCAGCAUACUUGGCGCCCGAGAUCUGCAACGGCGCGAAGUACGGAAGCCGCAUCGACGUUUGGUCUCUGGGAGCCGUCCUCUAUGAAGUCCUCGCCCUCAAGCACCCGUUUCAAGCGAGCAACAUGGCGGCCACCCUCAUGAAGAUCAUCAGCGCGGAGCCCGCUCCGCUGCCGGAUCGGUGCAGCGAGGAGGUCAAGGGGGUGGUUGCUCUGGCCUUGCAGAAGGACCAGAACAAGCGGCCAUCGGCCAAGGAGCUCCUGGAAAACGCCGCUGUGAAGAAGCUUGGGGGUGAGGCUACCGUCAGACUAGAUGCCUCCUCUGGAAUCGACUCGCUCGCGUCCUCCUGGGACGGUGGGAAGAUCAUCGAGGAAGAGGAGAAUUUGACGUUCCGCUCAGGAACUUUACACUCCACAGAAUUUCGAAUUUUAGAUGAAAGCACCGGUGAGGGGAAGUCCCUUAAGGGGAUCCUCGAAGCCGAAGCCUACGGGGGAAACGACAUGACAAAGAGCGACAUGUCGUACACCAUGCCGGUCUCCGAAGGAGAUACGCUGGCAUCGCUGACAGCUGGAAGGACUACCGGCCUAGCGGAGGCCUUGGAAAUUUCGCUGCAGGGCACUUCGACGCUCGUCCCGAAUGACAAGAACGACCGGCUGGGCAAGGAAAUGGCCGCCUACGCAUCAAAGGUGCCGGGCGGCGCGGAAGAUGUCGGAGAUGCUUUGACGGGCGCCACGCUUCUUCCAUCCGAGGACGACCAGAAGCUGCGCAAGAAGAAGGAGGAGAACGAAGCCUUCGCCGAAGAGAUGCGGCUGUGGAAGCAGCAGAUGGAGACCGGAGGCACCAGCUCCGCCACGAUGCGGCCGUCGCAGAGCCCUGAGCCGCCUACGUCCCCUCAGACGAGGGCGAGCGAGGCUAAUACCGACGAAGGAGAGUUCAGCCCUAGCAGGCCGAAGACCCGGCAGGAGCGAAAAGAGGAGGAGGCUGAGAAGAGGAGGCUCGAGCUGCAGCAGGCCAUGGCCGAGGCGGCCUUGGACAAGCAGAAGGCCAAAGAGAGGAUGGAGAAGGAGCGCGGUGGCACCAUGAAAGUGGUGGGCACUGACAAGGACCGGUCUUUGACGAGCAGCCCUGGGCUUCGCGGUGCCGGCGCGAGCAUCACCGGCACCAGCCGCAGUCGGGUGCAAGAGCAUGUAGACUAG